UAAAAAUGUCAUAUCAGGACCGCAUGCUAUGUCGGAAAGGGAGUUGAAAGCGAAGGGGUCUAGGUGGGAGUAGUCAGGGGCGGACAGAAUGACAAUAAUUCAAUGAAGAUCAAUAAAUGGGGUGUUUCAGGCAGCCCAUGGCUGUGCUUGCGGCCAUCUUUAAUACGAGUGACUUCCGCCGCGCGCCGUGAUCUGUCCCCUCUUCACUUUUAUUUAUAUGCAGAAUCCCAUCAACUCUGUACAAUUGAACCGUCUGUCCCUCUUUCAGACCUCUGUGUACAUUUCCCACGCGCUGGUCCCCUUUUCCUUGCACAUUCCGCCCGUCAGGAGUUUCAUUCCCCUUGUUCCUGACCACGAACCCCGCUACUUCUCAAAAGAGAGGCACAUAUCCACCCACCACCAUUCCCCUACAGUCUGAGCAACAACAUCCAUCCCCUGGUCAAAACCCACAACCAACCGAACCGCCAGCACCGUCCCAAUUUCCCACAAAACCAACAUAAUGACGAACCUCACCACCAACAACUCCACCGCUGCUCCCCAGCACGCCCCGGCCGCCGCCGCCGUCGUCAAGCCCACCACUAACGAAAACGACAACACCAUCAACACCGACCCCCUCCUCUUCCCCACGACCCUCGUCUCCCCGGACGUCACCGCCGCCCUCCCAGAAGCCUACACGAUCCGGCCCCUGCGCCGCUCCGACUACCAGCGCGGCUACCUGGACGUGCUGCGCGUGCUGACGACCGUCGGCGCCAUCACCGCGGCGCAGUGGGACGCCCGCUACGACUGGAUCGCCGCCCGCAACGACGAGUACUACCUGCUGGUCAUCUGCGACGGGACCGGCCGCGUCGUCGGCACGGGCAGCCUGAUCGUCGAGCGCAAGUUCAUCCACGCCCUGGGCAUGGUCGGCCACAUCGAGGACAUCGCCGUCGACAAAGACCAGCAGGGCAAGAAGCUGGGGCUGCGCCUCAUUCAGGCGCUGGACUUUGUGGCGGAGAAGGUCGGCUGCUAUAAGACGAUCCUUGAUUGCUCCGAGUCGAAUGAGGGGUUUUAUCUUAAGUGUGGGUUUAAGCGGGCGGGGUUGGAGAUGGCGCAUUAUUAUUAGAGGGAUGGGGGUUGGUUUUCUGUGGUGAGGUGUGGGUGUGAUUUUCUUGAUCCAAGGGGGGAGGGUCUCUUUUUUUUUUUGCUAUUCUUGGGGCGUUUCGUAUAGAUUAUCGUGGCAUUCCUGGGUCCUUUGGGGUUUGGGGGUGUGGGAUUGGGCUCGGUGCCGAUACAUAAUUUUAUCUGGGGUGUUGCAUGGGGGGAAACUAGAGUAUGGGUUUCAUUAUGCUUGAGGUCCCGUUGUGGAUAUAUGAGGGCAGGGACUAGGUGGUUGAUGCAGUGAUGUGGUGUGGUUUCUGUUUCGGGGGUUAUGUGCUAUAUAACUUAUAACUUAUAAGUGGACUAGAGGAGGCCAAGGCUCAUCAUAUAUUGGCGAAAUCCUGGGUUCAGUGAGUGAGUAUUGAUGCGGUGGUAUCGGGAUCCUGGUAGGACAAGUAAGGGUUAUGCCAGUAGGACUCGGGUGUGUAGGACACACUGCUGUCAGGGACCAUGUUGGGG